AUGUAUGAAGUGGAUGCGACAUGUCGUUAUCUACAGCAUAUUGAUUACUUUAAACGAGAAUCUUCGCCUCAAUCUCGAUGUCGAUAUAACUAUAAACUAUGUGAAGUUACACCGAACUCUGUUUAUCACACACUCCACCGACUGAACAGAGCUACACGGAACAAGCCAAGCCCGAAGGAGGGAGCUCCACAACAGAGAGCAUCAAUGGCGGAGGAGGUGAUUCUGCUGGACACAUGGGUGAGCCCGUUCGGGAUGCGGGCCAGGAUCGCUCUAGCCGAAAAGGGGAUCAAGCACGAGCACAGGGAAGAAGAUUUGGGGAACAAGAGCGAUACGCUCCUGAAGAUGAACCCGAUUCACAAGACGAUCCCGGUUCUGAUUCACAACGGGAAGCCCGUCUGCGAGUCUAACAACAUCGUUCAGUACCUGGACGAGGUUUGGCACGAUAAGUCCCCAUUGUUGCCCUCGGAUCCUUACCUCAAAGCUCAAGCUAGGUUCUGGGCUGAUUUCGUCGAUAGGAAGGUCUUCGAUGCAGGGCGGAAGGUAUGGGUGACGAAAGGGGAAGAGCAGAAAUCCUUGAUGGAGGAGUUCAUAGGGCACCUGAAGACACUGGAAGCUGAGCUUGGCGACGAGCCCUACUUCGGAGGAGAGAAGAUGGGCUAUGUGGAUGUGACAAUGGUGCCAAUCUACUCAUGGUUCCAUGCCUAUGAAGUGAGUGGCAACUUCAGCUUUGAAUCCCACUGCCCCAAGCUGGUGGCAUGGGCCGAGAGGUGCAUGCAGCACCACAGCGUGUCGAAAGCUCUACCCGACCCCGAGAAGGUCUACCAGUACGUUCUGCAGCUCAGAAAGAGGCUUGGGAUUGAGUAGUAACUGAAGAAGACUCUUAGAAGUCUGUUUUGGUCUGUAGGGAGCUUGUUCGUCUGUGUUCUUGAGUUGAGGCAGUAAAGGUAAGGAAGUCACAUUGAUGCUGUGUGUCUUUAGGGGGGGCACUUAAAUGUGGCACUCAUGAAUCUACCGCGUUCAGUGGUGUGGUAGUGUUGUAAUGUUAUAAAUAAAUAAAAACCAUUGCGCAGUGUAUUUCAUCCAGAACACUCCAGCUGAAUGAUCCUGGAAAUUAGGUCCUUCUUAAUGUAUUUCAUCCCUCUGAUUUCUAGAAUGCAU